CCUUCAGCAGCUCUCUCAAUCUCUUUUAUACAAUUGGGAUUUUGAAGAGGGAUAGGCAUCACCACCUUCUCAGAAAUUGCUUAAGGAGGCUGCUGAGCACUUCACAGUUCGCAACUCGCACUCCUUUCCCUAUCUCUCCUCCCUCCGCCGGAAUACAUGGAUACGAAGGUGAUCUCCACCGGAAUCCGGUACUCGAGCUUGCCGGAGAGUUACGUCCGGCCGGAGUCGGAGCGACCGAAUCUCUCCGCAGUCGAAGACUGCGUAGAUGUUCCAAUCAUUGACCUAGGAUCUGGCGACAGGGAGGCCAUAGUCCAGCAAAUAGGAUACGCCUGUAGUCUAUUUGGUUUUUUCCAGGUGAUAAAUCACGGCAUCCCGGCGGAGGCGACGCAGCAGAUUCUAGACGUGGCGAACGAGUUCUUCAGUUUGUCGGUGGAGGAGAAGAUGAAGCUCUACUCUGACGAUCCUUCCAAGACCAUGAGGCCCUCCACCAGCUUCAAUGUGAAGAAGGAAACGGUUCACAAUUGGAAAGAUUAUCUCAGACUCCAUUACUAUCCUCUCGACAAGUAUGUGCCUGAAUGGCCUUCCAAUCCCCCUUUCUUCAAGUGUGUGAACGAGUUCUUCAAUUUGUCGGUGGAGGAGAAGAUGAAGCUCUACUCUGACGAGCCUCCCAAGACCAUGAGGGUCUCCACCAGCUUGAAUGUGAAGAAGGAAACGGUUCACAAUUGGAAAGAUUAUCUUAGACUCCAUUGCUAUCCUCUCGACAAGUAUAUGCCUGAAUGGCCUUCCAAUCCCUCUUCCUUCGAGAAAAGUACACAAGUGCAAACCCCAAGUAUCAUCCAAAUUGUUGUCCAAGAAUCUCCAGUUAGGAAAAUGAAAAGACAACUAGAUGAGUAUCGGAUGAUGGAAGGACAGAAUAUACGUGAGCAUAUCAUCACUGUGUGUGAUAUGAUGCAAGAACUUAUAUCUGCGGGCUAUAAGGAAUUAUGGACUCAAGAAGCACAGUAUCAAUCUUUGUUUACCACACUCUUACCACAAGACAAGGAAUUAAUAACAAGUAUUCGGAAAUAUAGUGGUAUAAAUUUAUGUGUGACAUUGUGUUUUUUCUUUAAUAAAUAUAGAAGAAGAGAAAUUGUAAUGACUUUAUAUCCAAGUAGCUUACCAGUUGAUAUUAUAAGUUAUAUUGCUGAUAUGACGCUUGAAGUCAUUUCUGAUGAUGUCUUUCAUGCAAUUCCUCGAUAUUAUAAGUUAUAUUGCUGAUAUGACGCUUGAAGUCAUUUCUGAUGAUGUCUUUCAUGCAAUUUCUCGUAUUAAUAAAAUGAUUGAAUAAUGUGUUACUCAAUUCA